AUGUUCGUGAAGCGCUUGGUAUUGACAGAAGCCACGAGCAUGAUGAAACUUCUGCAAAUUGAUGUUGAUGAUGCUGCCAGUCACACGUCACUUGAGAUGGUGGACAUUGGAUGUGCGGCUGAGAAGAUCUUUGUGUGGGAAAACUCUCAUGAUCACCCUGCAGAUGAAUGCAGCAACACACCCCACUGCAUCAACUGUGAUGGAGGGCACCCUUCCUACUCCCGGGCCUGCCCUGCAUGGAAACGCGAGAAAGACAUCAUAUCACUCAAAGUCAGGGAAAACAUUUCUUUCAAAGAAGCACGGCGACGUUUUUCAAUCGUUAGUCACAGGACUUACGCUGAUGCUGCACUCAAGGGGGCAGUGCGGCAGCAGCUUCCGGUGGCCGUCCGGACCCCAGACAUUGGGGCGACGACGAGGCCACCUGCCCCCACUGCGGGUGUGGCUAGUUCCACCCCGCCACCUAAGAAGGACCAGCAGGCCAGUGGCUCAACGGUCCAAAAGACCUCCCCUUCCGAGGAGAGGCCUAAACCUAAUGCCCAGACGCGCAGCGCGCGUUCAUCCAGCGUCUCUGAGGAGACAAUGGAUAUAACACAAGGCCCUUCGGCACUACCGCCGAAAGGCCGUCAGAACUCCCUUGAGCGCUUGCCGAGAGGCAAGCUCAAGAGCCAGGCUGACCGGCUAGGAGAGCACUUCCAGCACAUAUCGAGCUCGGAGCACUACUCAGGGGCAUUUCUGAGCCAUAAGACAACGGUGGAGUCUUGCCAUUUCCGCCCACAGAAACCCACUGAGGGAGGGUACAACAGCCCCAUCACUAUGCACGAGCUCAAUGUUGCACUUAAGAGCUCUGGAAACUCAGCACCGGGGGCAGAUGAAAUCACAUACGAGAUGAUCAGGCGAUUACCCAGAGAAACACUGGAAUGCUUACUUGGCCUAUAUAACAAAAUCUUGUCCACAGGGCACAUGCCGCAUUCGUGGAAGGAGGCCAUAGUAAUCCCCAUCCUGAAGCAAGGCAAGGAUGCAUCGGAUGUGUGCAACUACGAGGCACUGGAGACGCACAGCGACGUGCAGUGUGGCUGGCUGGCAUUCUGGCUGGCUCGCCGACUGGCUGGGUGGGUGUCUGAAUGCCUUGGUGUUGUGGCCAUUCUGGGCAUUGGUUAG